AUGAUGGUAGUAAAGAUUCUGAAAGCAUGGCUUAAAAAGAAGAGGGAGAUCGAUGGAGUUGCUUCUUGUUUAAGCUGUAAAAACUGGUGUCCAUGGAGAAUCACUCAUGCAUCAUCAUCAUCAUCCAUACACGAAGACGAUGAACAAGACUCCAUUCCAAGGGACGUCCCAAAGGGUCAUCUGGUAGUCUACGUUGGUCAAAACCAGAGUAGGUUUGUCAUCAAUGUGAAAUUACUAAAAAACCCUUCAUUCAACGAGUUGCUGGAUCAAGCUCGAGAAGAAUACGACUUCACUGCUGAUUCUAAACUCUACAUCCCCUGUGAUGAGGAAGUCUUCCUCAAAGUUGCUUCAUUGCCACAUGAUCAAAAAACCACUUUCUGUUUUUGA